AUUGCUGGCUUUUGUCAUCAGCCGCAGCGUGAGAAAGAUGCCCUCCAUGCCAGAGGUAGCAAGUCGGCACCCCAGGUAGUUUAGUACGCUUGAUGAAUCUCCAGGCAGCUCCAGGCACAUUCUGACAGUGAUUGACGAGCACUGUUCUUAGGCCCACUUUUAUCCACCUCCGAUAUCAUAUAUAAAUUAACCGCAAAAGCACAUUCGGCUGUACACGCUCGCUCUAUCUCGAUCUCCAAUGCCCGCUUCUGAGAAAUAUUGCAACGGAUAACUUCAGCGUUCCACUGUAAAUGUGAGGUACAGGAGGUUUUAAUGUUUCGAUCUGAUGCCAGGAAGAAGUUGCUAAAGUCGUAGUUUGUGUAAUUUUGUGGCUCAGAACAAAGCAACGUUCUUGCAUCUUCGGGCAUAGACAGACUAAGACUACAUGUUUGUUUGUUUACAAAAAAAAAAGAAAAAAAGAAAGAAUCCAACCUUAUUCCCUAACCCAGGACGUCGUUUUUUUGGCACCCUAAACUGUGAUUGAGUCUUUCUACACUCGGGUGAGGCUAUCCUGUGAAUUCCAUCGCUUCACGUUGACUACGCUCGCCAGAGGAGUCCUGGGGGGCUGGCAGUCCGUCCCGCGACGACACAUGGAACAGGAACUGUAAUCAAGACGUACACAGGAGGCAGCUCAGCCGUGUUUUGUUACAAGAGUACUCAGUCUUGAUUUAUAAAGCCUUCCCCGACACGUUAUACGUUGAGCUGACUUUGUAUGGGAGAAGUUGGCUUAUAGGCCUAAUACCCGUAUUUGGAGGGGGACAAAACCCCUCAGAAGCCGUGGUCAGUAGUGAGACCCUGUUUCACUUGUGAGAGUUCAAGAGGGAAAGAGAGAGACAGAGAGACCGAGGGAUAUUACGUUUUAAAAGAAGACGGCGUGUCGACGAAAAAGGACGAAAGGUGUAAAGCUUGGUGAGAUUCAAACAUGGCUGAACUGAAGGCUUAUAAAUCUACCACUGGGAAGGUGUCCACGGAAGGACUUGCUAAUGGAA